GUGACGGAUAGAGACACUGAUGUUCAUCCCUCGGACAUUAAGUUACCUUAGUCACCUCUUACGACAUACACAGGAAAGGAAAUGGUGGCCAAUAUUAUGCCAGGACCACAUGGCAAUUCUUCUUCGGUAUGUGUUUUUUAAUUCAAAACAAUUAAUUAUGAUCUCUAUCCUUUUGUGUGUUUAUGUAUGGGUAUAGACAGGACAAAUUGUGUACCUGUUUAUUUGUGUAUAAUAAAUAAAACACUGCUUAACUUAUCAUACAAAAACACAAUAAUAUUAACGCAUCACACGGCCACGGCAAAAAUUCCGUUAAUAACGGCCCGAAUCUCACUCCUAAUCCGUUAGUAUUCGCCCCGCCCGCCCAUAAUCUCCACGUGAUUACUGCUCUCCUAUUACUCCGCUAAGUAUUAUUAUGAUGAAAUUUUUUUGCGGGAACCAAUCAAAAGCAUGGAAGUGUUGGAUUAAAUGAAAAGUGUAAAUUUUUUUAACCAUUAAAAAUAAUCUUCAAAGGAAGCAAUUGUACAUAAUAGAUUAAUGGGCGUGGAUUCUACGAAAGUGGAAGGAGCGAGCGACAUUCCGGUUGCGGCCGCGAAACCUCGGCGCUCCCGGUCCACACGCUGCGUCGUUGGAGGAGCUCAUGCACUAGUUCUGAGGGUAUCGAGUUUGUUCGGACUGGCGCCGCUGAAGUUUGAGGCGUGUGAUGGCGGGUAUUACGUCACAAUAUCCAGUGCUAUGUGUAUAUAUAGUUAUAUACUGGUCACAGUACUAGUAAUAUUAACAAUAUCCGGCCUGGUGGCGGAGAUCAAGGUGGGCGUGGAGUUGGCAGUGCGUAUGUCCUCGACCACGUCACAGAUCGUGUCCAUGUGCGACAUAUUAGUGGUGGUGCUGACCGCCGGCGCGGGUGUCUACGGCGCGCCGAAACGUAUGCGAAGCAUGCUCAAGUUUAUGGACAGCGUUGCUUCGGUUGAUACCAGCAUAGGUGGUAAAUAUUCAGAGACGACAGAGCGCAAAAUAUGCGCGAUACUCAUAGCAAUUCUCGUGUUCUUCUCCGGCUUGAUUAUUGAUGACAUCUGCUUCUAUGUGAUACAUGCUAAGAAAGUGGGAAGACAAUGGGACGUGCUGCUCAACUACAUAGGUUUCUACUUGCUAUGGUACAUAGUCAUGAUAUUGGAACUGCAGUUUGCUUUUACUGCUCUGUCGGUGCGCGUGCGCUUCCAAGCCAUCAACGACACGCUCGUGCUUACCGCCAAGAAAGCAUCAAUGCCAAUGUCCGCAGUGGAGAAGACUAGGAGUCCAGCGUCGCUGAACAUCUUCGCGAUCAGCGUGGCGUCGUCGGAUAUGCAGCGUGCGGGCAACGUCAACCUCCUGGUGGACUCGCACGACGACUCCGACCAUGAUGUCAUCGUGUCCAAAUCUGUGGGAGGUGAGCCCCGGCUGCUGGUGUCCGCCGGCAGGGCGGCCGAGCAGCUGUCGAAGCUGCACGGCGCGCUAUGCUGCGCGGUGCGGCGCGUGGAGCACAGCUACGGGCUGCCGCUCGUGGUCAUACUCAUCUCCACGCUGCUCCACCUCAUCGUCACGCCGUACUUCCUCAUCAUGGAGAUAAUCGUGUCUACGAAUCGUGUACACUUCCUGGUACUGCAGUUCCUGUGGUGCGUAACGCAUUUACUGCGAUUAGUAAUCGUCGUGGAACCUUCUCAUUACACAAUAAUUGAAGGUAAAAGAACCCGUAGCCUGGUGUGUCGAUUAAUGUCAUUGACACCGACAACUGGGGAGUUCCCUGCACGUCUCGAAGUGUUCUGCCGACAACUGAUGCUGCAGACCACCUCCUAUAUGCCGAUGGGCAUGUGUACUUUGGACCGGCCACUUGUUGCUUCGAUACUCGGAGCAGUCACUACGUACUUAGUCAUACUGAUACAGUUCCAGAGAUACGACACUUAGUUACAUAUUAGAUUAUUUAUUUUAUUUACAUAUAAAUAUUAUAAAAACAAUUUUUUCAUAUUUAUUUCUUUAAUAUAAAUAAAUC